GCUCGGACCGGGAGCCCGGAGCUUGGCUGGCGGCGGGAGACAAGCAGCCGCAGGAACUGCAGCCCUGCUAGCUCAGGCCAACCCUAGAGACACCGACCUGGCUGGUCCACGCCAGCCGCAGACAGUGGUUGAGCAUGGAGCUGUCCCCCCGAAGCCCUCCAGAGAUGCUGGAAUCCGAUUGCCCGUCACCCCUGGAGCUGAAGUCAGCCCCCAGCAAGAAGAUGUGGAUUAAGCUUCGGUCUUUGCUGCGCUACAUGGUGAAGCAGUUGGAGAAUGGAGAGGUAAACAUUGAGGAGCUGAAGAAAAACCUGGAGUACACAGCUUCUCUGCUGGAGGCCGUCUACAUCGAUGAGACUCGGCAAAUCUUGGACACAGAGGAUGAGCUCCAGGAGCUGCGGUCUGAUGCUGUGCCUUCAGAGGUGCGGGACUGGCUGGCGUCCACCUUCACCCAGCAAACCCGAGCCAAAGGCCGCCGCGCAGAGGAGAAGCCCAAGUUCCGAAGCAUUGUACAUGCUGUGCAGGCUGGGAUCUUCGUGGAACGGAUGUUCCGGAGAACAUAUACCUCUGUGGGCCCCACCUAUUCUACUGCAGUCCACAACUGUCUCAAGAACCUGGAUCUCUGGUGCUUUGAUGUCUUUUCCUUGAACCGGGCAGCAGAUGAACACGCCCUGAAGACCAUUGUUUUUGAGUUGCUGACUCGACAUAACCUCAUCAGCCGUUUCAAGAUUCCCACUGUUUUUUUGAUGUCUUUCCUGGAGGCCUUGGAGACAGGCUAUGGGAAAUACAAGAAUCCGUACCACAACCAGAUCCACGCAGCUGAUGUUACCCAGACGGUCCAUUGCUUCCUGCUUCGCACAGGGAUGGUGCAUUGCCUGUCAGAGAUUGAGGUCUUGGCCAUCAUCUUUGCUGCAGCCAUCCAUGACUAUGAGCACACAGGCACUACCAACAGCUUCCACAUCCAGACCAAGUCAGAAUGUGCCAUCCUGUACAAUGAUCGUUCCGUGCUGGAAAAUCACCACAUCAGCUCUGUGUUCCGGAUGAUGCAGGAUGACGAGAUGAACAUUUUCAUCAACCUCACUAAGGAUGAGUUUGUAGAGCUGAGGGCAUUGGUCAUCGAGAUGGUGUUGGCCACAGACAUGUCUUGCCAUUUCCAGCAAGUAAAGUCCAUGAAGACAGCCUUGCAGCAGCUAGAGAGGAUCGACAAGUCCAAGGCCCUGUCCCUGCUGCUCCAUGCUGCUGACAUCAGCCACCCAACGAAGCAGUGGUCAGUCCACAGCCGCUGGACGAAGGCCCUCAUGGAGGAAUUCUUCCGCCAGGGUGAUAAGGAGGCAGAGCUUGGUCUGCCUUUUUCUCCACUCUGCGACCGCACUUCCACUCUGGUGGCCCAGUCCCAGAUUGAGACAAGGCUGCUGUUGCAAGGCGACCUAUGCAACAAGAGUUGUAGCUUUUGGGUUUAUUUAAAAUUAAAAAAAAAAAAAUUCACUGAGUUGUUCAGGCUGAGCUCGAGUUGGCAGUGCUCCUACUUCAGCCUCCCAAAGUGCUGGGAUUCAAGGUGUGUGUCACCAAAUUUGACCAUUUUAGUUGUUUCAUUGCCUCGUUUUUAUUUUUCUUCUACCAGGAGAGGUGUGGCGAGGGUGGGUGGAACGGGGAAUAGAGUGACAGGGACCGGGGGCCAUCGAGUAGCCAGGUUGGCCUCCUGUCUUCUGGCCUCCCACUGCCUCCGCUCUGAGGGCACGAAGAUAGUUCUGGCACAGCCUGGGUCUCACUUCUGGAAUGGGGGUUCUGUUUCUAGCUUCCAGUGGCGCCAGCCUUCUCUCGAUGUGGAUGUGGGGGACCCCAACCCCGAUGUGGUCAGCUUCCGCUCCACCUGGACCAAGUAUAUUCAGGAGAACAAGCAGAAAUGGAAGGAACGGGCUGCCAGUGGCAUCACCAACCAGAUGUCCAUCGAUGAGCUGUCCCCCUGUGAAGAGGAGGCCCCACCCUCCCCUGCGGAAGAUGAACACAACCAGAAUGGGAAUCUGGACUAGCCCAAGGCUGGCCCAGGUGAGCAGGGAAUGGGCAGGAAGGAGUGUGGGGUCAGCAUGGCCAUCUCUGGGCUGCAGGUGUGAGGGUCUCUCCCGCCUUCUAUCCAGGCAGUGAAGUGAAGGACGUGAAGGCAAAGAACUGAGCUGGGGUUGGGGGGGCGGAGCAGGGAAACCCUUUUCCCUCUUGGCCCUCCAGACCCCGAAAGAAAGGAUGGCAGCAGGCAACAUGGCACCAUACAAGGCCUUGUGAGGGUGGGAAUAGUGCACACAGCCAGGGCACAAGGCCUUGGGGGGCCAGGCGAGCAUGGCUUCCAUCUCAGCCCCACUCACGCCCUUGCCUGGCAUGCUUCUUUCUGAAGGGAAUUUUUCGCAACUAUACAUAGCGAUGAGCAGGGACCUGACUGGACUUGGAGAAGGAAGGCCAGGAGGAGGACGACAGCAAAGAUCAGAGCUCUGAGCUCCUCCCUCUUUCCCCAGGUCCUCCCUGAGUCUGAGGUAUUCAACGUCAUUAGCACCAUCCAUCGGGACUGGCUCCCCCAUCUGCUCCAAGGGAGCAUGGAGGUGGAAGAAGAGAACCCACCUGAAGGCCAGAAGCCAGAGAUUGUGGGGUUGGGGGAGGGCCCCUCCCUACUGACAUCCAUUGGGGUGCACUUUAAUUUCCUGGUAGCAAGACUGGGAAACUUCAGGCGCCCAAUGGUCACUGUGCCCGUCCCCCUGCCCAUGGACACCCUCCUGGCCUGAUGGCUGCCUGGGAGCAGGGAGCUUCCUGAGGCAAGGGGGAGGGUCAGAGAUGCCAGCCCCCUGGGCCCUCCCCCAUCCUUUUUGCCUCCAAGUUUCUAAGCAAUACAUUUUGGGGGUCCCCUCAGCCCCCCACCCCAGAUCUUAGCUGGCAGGUCUGGGUUCCCUUUCUCCUCCCUUGGGAAGGGCUGGAAUUGGGUAGAAAGCUGGGGUUUUUAAAGCCCUACAUGUGGGGAGGGGAGGGGGUUCCUUCAGGGCAUGGUUCCUUUCUAGAAUGGGGUGGGGGUGGGCAUCCCCAUUACCCCAGACUUGCACUGCUUCGGCCCCACCCCAGCCUGACUCCCUGCCAUCUUCUCUCUUUCCUGUGCUGAAAUGGUGACUGGGGGAAGAGAAGAGCCAUUGGGACCAGGUCUGAGGGGGGCCUUUCCUGGAGAACUGGGCCUAGUCUGGCCCCUGGGGCUUGUCACCUGCCCUGGCUGUCUCAGCCCAUUACCCCUUCUCCCCUGGAGCUAGGUGGGGCUCCCAUCCGACCAAUGUCUGUAAAGUGCUUUGAGGUCUCCCUAGCAAAGCACCUUCAGGAUGCAUUUUAUGAGCACAGGCAGGAGAGUCCAACAAGGUCGGGGUCUCUCUGUAUGGAGAGGGUAAAGUACAAUCCCACAAUCCUGUGUUGCUAACAGAGAGGGUCUUUUCCUGUCCCGCUUGCCUCCUAGAACUGGCUCAGUUAUAGGUACAAGAGACUGCCCCCUGGGACAGUGGUGGGUAGAAGGCAGGUGGGGGAGGGGUGCAGGGCUGUUGUUGUGACCUCUGGAGUGAGCCGAGCCAGGCCUGGUGCCCCUUCCUCUCCUCAGGCUCCUCCUUGCCUCCACCUUGCCCCUGAAAGGCCACAGUCCAGAUGACUGCCUCCUCCGCUCUUGUAAAUACCAACCAUGCAUCUGUACAGUGGGCCCUGUUCUUGUGAAGUUCAUGCCCAUGGUCUCUUAGCCCUGCCACCUGAAACUUGUUCACCUACCCCACCCCAGUGGGGCAGAGACGCAUGUGACUCACCCCUGCCCUUGGUCUCUCAGGCCCCUGCUAUAGCCAGAGAUCAAUAAAGAAGGGAGACUGGG